UCAGUGGAGACAACAUGGUGUACUGCAACAAAUGUAAAAAGAAAACAAAUGCAAAAACUGGAUGUGAGAUGGUGGAAUUUCCUCAGAUUUUGACUCUACUCCUCAAGAGAUUUGACUUUGACUACAACACCAUGUCACAUGUCAAAUCAGACCGCUGUGUGGAUGUGCCGCGUACAUUACAGAGGAAGAACGAGAAGUACAAACUGUAUGGGAUGGUGAAUCACAUGGGCAGUCUACGAGGUGGACACUACACAGCCACCAUCCUGAUCAAUGAGGACAAAACCUGGUAUGAGUUUGAUGACGCUCACGUCAACAAGGUGAGGCAGAUUUUACUUCAUCUAUUCCAUGAUAUACAUUCAAGAAAGAUCAGACAUUAAAUGAAAAUGCAUUAACAUUGUUUGAUUUGUUUUUGUUGAAUGGUGCAGG